CGCAAGACGACGAAGACGGCGCCGGCGCGCGCCCGUGACGUCACUCGAAAGAUGGCGGCCCUGGCGCUGUCCCGAGGUGCGGGGCUCCAGGCUCUGCUGCUGCUCGCUGCACGGCCGGUCUGGGGCGGGGGUGCGCGGCGCGGGGUGCGGGCCCUGAGGCGGAGCCCUGUGAGGGUGCUGAGCCCCGACCAGGGCCCGGGGGCGGCGGCGAAGCCGAAGCCGGAGCCGAAGCCGAAGCCGGAGCCGAAGCCGGAGCCGAAGCGUCUGGGGAAAGAGAGCCCAGCUCCCGGUCGGGAACCGAAGCCGGAACCGAAGCCGGCUGGCCCCGGCACGUGGGAGGAGACGGGGCUGCGCUACGAGCGGGCCCAGCCCGGUGACCGGAGGCUGAGCAAAGUGAUGAUGAUUGUCAAGUCCAGGACUUUCCGAGAUAAGCAGGGGAAGAUCUUGCUGGAGGGCCGCAGGCUAAUUGCUGAUGCCCUGAGAGCGGGUGCUGUGCCCCAGACACUCUUCUUUAGUCGGCUAGAGUACGUCAAGGAGCUCCCUGUGGAGAAGCUAAAAGGUGCCAGCCUCAUCAAGGUGAAGUUCGAUGAUAUCAAGGAAUGGUCCGACCUCGUGACUCCACAAGGAAUAAUGGGGAUUUUUGCCAAACCUGACCAUGUUAAGAUGAAAUAUCCAGAGACCCAGCUUCAGCAUUCACUGCCCUUGUUGCUGAUCUGUGACAAUCUCCGUGAUCCUGGAAACUUGGGUACCAUCCUGAGAUCUGCUGCUGGGGCAGGCUGCUGUAAGGUGCUGCUCACCAAAGGUUGUGUGGAUGCUUGGGAGCCCAAAGUACUCCGGGCUGGCAUGGGGGCUCACUUCCAGGUACCCGUCGUCAGCCACCUGGACUGGGAGACAAUACCCAACCACUUCCCUACAGAUACCAGAGUCCACGUGGCUGACAACUGUGGCGUCCACGCCCAGGCCCAGAGGUCUGGCAAUGACAGUGACCAGGGCUGGGUUUGUGACCGGCGCUUUCAGAAACAGCGCAAGUAUGAGGAAGUGGGUGGUCUGGAGGAAGAAGCCGUGCCAGCCAACUGGCUUCCAGAACUGGAGGUGCAGGUUUAUGAUGAAGCUUGGACAGAUGCUCCAGCAGCUGUGGUGAUCGGCGGGGAGACACACGGGGUCAGCCUGGAAUCCCUCCAGCUGGCCGAGAGCACUGGAGGGAAGAGGCUGCUGAUUCCCGUUGUGCCGGGCGUGGACAGUCUGAACUCGGCCAUGGCUGCCAGCAUCCUGCUCUUUGAAGGGAGAAGGCAGCUGCGCCUCCGGGAGGGCCAGGCCUCUGGCUGGGGUGAUAGACGGCAGCGAGGGCCCUCCCAGCCCACGGAGGCCCUCUGCUCGCUCCACACUUCAGGAGGGGCUGUGUGAUACUUACCUGAUCCCUGCCCUUGUUUAUAAUAUUUUUUCACAGAA